AUGAGCUCUACGGAUACCGACCCGGCGGUCGUCGACCUCGCCUCGCCACCCCGACCUGCGCCUGUGCAGGAUGGUGCGUCGGCUCUGGCAGUGACGCUGGACGAGGGAGUUGCAGCAGGAGGUAGCGCUGGCGACGACGUGACUGCUGCCGAGCAGGCCACGUCCCCAGCCGUCGACCCCGUGUCCACUGCGCGGGAAACGCCCAACCCGGCCCCGGCGUUGGCGUCGGCGUCAACACCGACAACAAUGUCACCCACCAGUCCGCCUUCCUCGCACCCGCCUUCCUCGACCGUGUCUGUGUCUCCCUCAACACCUUCCUCCACCGCACCUCUCCCGCCUGACACGCAAGUCAUUGCCUCGCCACCACGCCGCUCCAGCUUGCCGCUUGCCGCCGCCGUUCUGUCCGAUACCGCCAGCAGCACACCAGCACCAGCCCUGGGAGCCGUGACGGCCACGGCCACGGCCACUCCAGCGCCUACGCGCGCGGCCUCGAUCCCGUCUGCACCGAGCAAGCCACCAGCGGACCCCGCCAUCCCCGAGACGCUGGGACUGGACGUGGACGGGGGGCACACGCCCGCGCCCACACCCGCGCCGGCCGGGUCGUCGACGGCAACUUCCACGAGCGCGAGCUCGUCGUCUGGCCUCGCGUCGACCGGCGGCGGCAGCGCGGGCCAGGGCCAGGUCAAGGCUACUCCAGAGUACCUGCGCGCCGCGGCUGGUCUGGAAGAGUUUGACCCGUUCGCGACGCCGCCCCCGGCUCCCAGGCGCAGCGAGCGGCCACGGCCGACCGUCACGACCACGCCGGCGGCGGGUAGUACCCUCGCAGGCCCCUUCAACUUUGCGGGCUUUCUCAAGGACCUCCGGACCAAGAGUGCUGAUCCGGUCGCGCGGUAUCUCAAGAGCUUCCUUACCAACUUUGCCAAGAAGCCGUUCACCGUCAACGAGCAGAUUAAACUUAUCCGAGACUUUUUGGCAUUUAUCGGCGACAAGAUGAAGCUCGUGGAGCCCUGGCGGUCCCAGUCCCCGGCCGAGUUUGACCUCGCCCUCGAGGCGAUGGAGAAGCUUGUCAUGAACAGGCUGUAUCCAUACACCUUUACGCCGCAGCUCACCGCCGCGCAAACCAUCACCACCGACGACCUUGAACGCGACGCCGUGUUUGCGCAGCGUGUCCACCUCUUUGGCUGGGUGCGCGAGCGCCACCUGGACGUUCCCGAGGGCGAGGCCGCGCUGGGCUUCCUCGGCUUUGCAGAGCAAGAACUGCUCAAGAUCAACCACUACAAGGCGCCGCGUGACAAGAUGAUCUGUAUCCUCAACUGCUGCAAGGUUAUCUUUGGCCUCAUUCGUCACACCGAGGGAGGAUCUGCUGGAGCCGAUGCGUUUGUGCCCAUUCUUAUCUUUGUGGUGCUGCGCGCUAGCCCCGACAACAUGCUGUCCAACGUCGAAUACAUCAACCGCUUCCGUAACCCGGAGAAGCUCCAGGGCGAGGCUGGCUACUACCUCUCGUCCUUGCAAGGUGCCAUUGCCUUUAUCGAGACGAUGGACGCGUCGUCACUGUCGAACAUUACGCAAGAAGAGUUUGAGCUCAAUGUCGAAAAGGCGAUCCAGGAGCUGCCGGCCUCGCCCACUUCGCCACGAGCACGCGCUUCGGCCCCCGAGCGCUCCGACAUGUCCCCCUUUGCCACUUCCCCAGGCGAGGAGCCGGCACGCGCGCUCCAGCUGCCCAACACGAGCGCGGCGCUGGACGGGACCAAGCGCUUCUUCCAGCGGACAGGCGACGCGGCCAAGGAAGCCGUCUCGCGCCCGAUUUCGGCCAUUGGCAAGAUUCUGGAGAACAUGCAGGCGGCAGCCGACGAGGAGGGCAGCGAGAGCGGCGACGACGAGGUGGUCGACCGGUGGGCGCCCGGCGGGACACGCGACCGCGAGGCUGAACGCCGGCACCACGCGCCUGGUGGGCCCAUGCCCGUCAACAUGAACCGCCUCAGGCCACAUGGACAGCAGCAGCACCAGCAGCACAUGGACACGCCCACACGCGCACCGGAACACCAGGCGCAGCCCCCCUCCCGCCUCCUCGCGCAGCUGGGCCUGUCGCCCAGCGUGUCCGAGAACACCUCGCGCGAGCCCACCCCGACGCCCGAAUACGCCGCCGCGCAGCAACAAGCGUACGAGGCGCACCAGGCGGCCCACUUCCACGCCCAGCAGCAACAGCAACAGCAGCAGCAGCAGCAGCUGGCGAUGCAGAGCACGAUCGAGGCGAGCCACGAGGCGUAUGCGCGCGAACAGGCGCGCAGCGCCAGUGUCCUCACCCUCCAUCAAAUGUUCCCUGCGCUCGACGAGGAGAUUGUGGGCGCCGUGCUGGCGAGCUGUGGCGACGACCUGGGCAUGGCUAUUGAUCGCCUGUUGGAGAUGUAG